UCGAAACUGCAUAAUCAACAACGACAUCACAUAGGUCAAACGUUGCGAAGCAGGAAAUUGGGUCUUUCUGAAAUUCUCACGGAAGAAAACCAAAUUACAUGGUGAAAAUGGUAAAGACAAAUUUAGUAUUUUCGACUAUUACAUUGAUCACAUUUCUUGGUCUUGCCAAAGGAACAAUAAUAUCUCCACCUGAUGGUCAAAAAUUUGUAUUUUUGCCUGGAUCUUCUCACAAUAUAACUUGGACAUUAAAUAAGAUUGGAAACUUUCUUUUUCGGAGCUGGACCUUUAGGACAUUUGACACUCCUUCUUCUGCAGCUCAAGUAAUUGUAAGAAUAAUUGAUGAUAAAAAACCACAUUAUCGUACAUCAGUCCUUAAGUCUUUGGGUUUAGAUGUUGAAGUUUUUAAACCUGCAACUCUAAUGUUAAAGAAUGUUACUCAAAGUUACAUUGGUGUUUAUAAAUUUUCUAUCCAUGCUCCUGAUCCCUUUGGCUCAUCUGUUGAAGUGUUUAUUGCAACUAAACCAAAUGUGAUAAUUAAUUGUUCAAAUCCUCUGGUUGUGAAUGAAGGUGAUAAUGUGUCAUGUGUAUGUAGAGGUGAAGGAGGUAGCCCUCCUGCUAAUGUCACAUGGUUUGAUAAAGAUAACAACAUAAUUGGUGAUGUUGGAGUUGUAAGUAAGACAUUAGUAAUCACUAAUGUUACAUUGAAUGAUGGUGGAAAUUACACAUGUAAAGCACAAAGUUAUAAUGAUCCACGUUUUAGAGAUGAAAAAUCUAUUGAAGUAACAGUGAAAGCUACUUAUCCACCACAACAAACCAAUAUCACCAUCAGUCCAAUGUCAGUAAAACAAGGUCAAACUGUGACAAUAACCUGUGAAUCAGAUGGUUAUCCUGAACCGACCUACACUAUUUAUCAUAAUGGUGCAGUUAUCAGUAAUAAUAAGACAUACAUCAUUCAAUCUGUCAACUUCAAUCACGCUGGUUCAUAUCGUUGUGAAGCAAAGAAUAAACUGGGAAAUGAUUUAUCUGAUGUUAAAAAUCUUACCAUCAUCAAAGGAAAAAUUCUAUCACCUCCCCCUGGCACAAGUUUUACAUUUUUACCUGGAGAAACACACAAUAUAACGUGGACAUUUGAUGAUGAUUUAAAUGAUGUGGCCAGUAGAGAUUGGUUUUUUACGGGUAGUAGUAAUGGUUAAACAGCAAUACGUUUGGCCACUGUCUUUCUGGAUUUAUCAGUGCAAAACUUUAAUGAACCAAUUCUUCCAAAUUAUGACGUCUACAAACCUUCAACGCUGCAAUUAAGAAAUAUCACUCACAGUUAUGAUGGAACGUAUGAGUUUCAAUUGAGAAGAAAGGGCGAUUCAUUACCUAGUUUUAUAUCUAAAGUCAGAGUUUUUGUUGCAAUGAAACCAAAUGCGACAAUUGAAUGUUCAACUCGUCUGGUUGUGAGUAAAGGUGAUAAUGUAUCAUGUGUAUGUAGAGGUGAAGGAGGUAACCCUCCUGCUAAUGUCACAUGGUUUGAUAAAGAUAACAACAUAAUUGGUG